GGCGCCCCGCGAGCUGGCGGAGCGGAGGGAGGCGGGGAGCGCGCUCGUCAGGUUCCCCGCCGCCCCGGGGGCGCCCAGCAGAGCCCGGCUCGGAAAUCCGCGGGGAAAUGGCACUCGGGACUGACGGGCUCGUCGCGCCGCUCGCCAGACACGGCGGCUCGUUUCCGUAACCGUCUGCGGCGGCGGCGGCGGCGGCGGGACCCGCGGGGACCUCGGCCGCCGCGCACCGGCCACGCCGACAGGGCCCGGGAGGCGCGCGGGCAGCGGCGGCCGCUGAGGACGGCGGCGGCCGGAGCGCGGGGAUCCAAGGCUGUCAGAGAUGACGCUGGUUCUGUCCAUGAAUAGAUUCUGCGAGCCCAUUGUCUCAGAAGGAGCUGCUGAAAUUGCCGGGUACCAAACGCUAUGGGAGGCUGACAGCUACAGAGGAUCGAGUCCCCCAGGACCAGCACAGGGUCCUUCCCAGGGAGACCGGGGAGCCAGCCCACAACCGGCAGGGUCACAUUACAGGGGAAUUCCGAGUCCUGUAAGCACAUCCAACAUCACACACUUCAAGAGGAAGUACACGGAGGAGGAGGACACUCACCCACCACUCAGCAGCUGCAGCCAUAAAACCAUCUCCAUUUUUGAGGAGCGGGCGCACAUCCUUUACAUGUCCUUGGAGAAACUCAGGUUCAUAGAUGACCCGGAAGUGUACCUGCGGAGGUCCGUCCUCAUCAACAACCUGAUGAAGAGGAUCCAUGGCGAGAUCCUCGUGCAGAACAGCUGGUGCCUCCCCGCCUGCUCCCUCGGCGGGGCCACUGCCCAAGAGUGGUUCCUGGCUCAAGACUGUCCCUACCGAAAGCGGCCCCGGGUAGCCAAAGAAGAGUGGGAAAAGUUCCACACUUGCUGCCUGUACCAAGAGUGUGGCGGUCACUGCCUGAAUCUACCCCUUUCUGCCAGUGCUGGUGUUGGAAGUGCUUCAGCUGCUGCUGUGGCCACAUCUGCCUCCUCUCUGUCCUCCCCCUCCCCCUCCUCCUCCUCUCCCUCCUCCCCUCUGCCCUUGCCUAGCUGCUCCCACCACGUGGACUUCGAUAUAGGCAGUGCACCUAUUUACAAGAGCCAGAUACCUGCCAAUGAAAUCUUUGUCACUAACAUUAGGUCGCUCGGUGCCCAGGAAAAGGCCAAAUUCAACAGCGAUGGGAAAGUACGUCAGGAGGCCAGCAGAGAUGGCGAAGCCCUUAGCCAGGAACCUGUGGGAAAUGACCUUGAUUUUGAGGGCAAAGGCCAGUUUUACGAUUAUUUUGAGACUGGAUAUAAUGAGAAAAACCAUGCGAAUGAGUCUUGGAAAAAGUCUCUGAGGAAAAAGGAGCUUUCCCCCAGCAACAAACUGUGCUGCAGCCGAGGGAGUAAGAUGUGACAAGCCUCCUGGGGCCCACGGAAGCACGCAUAGCACAAGCGGUUCCUAUUUUGAAUGGAUUUUGUAGUUUUGUACGGCUGAUAAGACUCUGCAGCGAACGCCAUGCUGUCUCGGCCUGGAGAGCAGACGGCACACACAUCGGUGCAGUCGGCAGCCACACGCCGCUCAGUGACGAGAUUGCCAAGGAAAGCCAACUCCGUGUUUAAAACUAUAUCUCAGUUUUGUUUUGUUUUUUAAACCGGUAGAUUAGACAGCAGACAACAUGCCCUUGUUCUAUUCCCACUGCCCCUCCGAGGAGCCUGCUGCUAGCCACGGCGGACACGUCUGCCAGUUAAUGAGUUACUCUGUAAACAAAUCAAUACACGCAGCAGAGGUGUCUGCUUCAGUAGGGUAACGGUAUUUUUUCUUCCUGAGUAAAAGACUGAAGAUAGCACGCCACAGGAAAUGGUGUCAUGAGCUGGGACAUGCUGUGUUGGAUAGGUUGGGAGGAGACGAACCCCCCCCCCCCCGGCAGGACGCAGUCUGGGGUCUGUGGAGACUUCCCGAAAGCUCCUGGCUUGCCUGUGGUGGACAGCGGGUGGCUGGAGGUGUUGUCUUCCAUGGGGUGUUAGGGAGGUGGCUUGCAGGGCCAUCUUGGUGAGGGGUGUUAGGGAGGUGGCAUGCAGGGCCAUCUUGGUGAGGGGUGUUAGGGAGGUGGCUUGCAGGGCCAUCUUGGUGAGGGGUGUUAGGGAGGUGGCUUGCAGGGCCAUCUUGGUGAGGGGUGUUAGGGAGGUGGCUUGCAGGGCCAUCUUGGGUGCCUUACUUGAUCUUAAUUUUUACGGAUGUGAAAAUUAAGGCUAAAUCAGAGUUACAGCAGGGAUUUAACAAACAGGAAAAAACACAGGGUGGUUCCAUGCGACUUGGAAGCUUCACUUUGAACUGUGUGUUCAGCUUUUGAUUCACCAUCCUUUUUCCUUUGUUUUUGACGCCCAGUGGCUGUGGGUCUGAUAUUUUGAGUAGAGAUGGAGGAGAUAGUAGCAAGGCCAUUAGGAACGGGGAAGGUUCUUGGGCUUUGCCAUGGCGGCGAGCUGGGCCCGGGCUUUGCCGUGGCGGCGAGCUGGGCCCGGGCUUCCCGGCUUUGGGCUGUUUUGUUUUCUUGUCCAGUGAUGUUCACGGCCGUGGCAUGCGUUAUACUUUGACCUGUUUUGCAUCAUUUCCUGCGUUUAGACUCUUAAGAGCAUGUGGUUUCUAUAUGACUUCGCUGUUGAUGGAGAAGCACAAUGUUAAUAGAUGACGUGGUGAUAAUACGUUUUACCUUAAAGAAUGUAAAGGUUGUAGGUUGCGGGACGCGAUUUUGGAGAAAUGGGACUCGUCUUCGUUACUGGGUAUUUGGCCAACACCCCCUCAACAAUACCUUGAUUGCACAUUGCUGGGGGGCCACAGUGGUGCUCUGGCCAGGCCCCAGCUCUCCCUCAUGAAAUGCUUCCCACCUCCACGGCCAAGGUUGGUUAGGUGACUUGGGUCGUUUAAAACAAUUCUUCACAGGAACCAAAUGCCAAGUGGAGGAAAUAGGUAAGUUCUCCCGCUUUCUCCAAGAUGAAGCCUUUUUAACUAUUGCUAUUAAUAUGAAAUAGGUCUCAUUCAUACAGUGUAUGAGGAGAUCAUUGGGGCAAUUGUCCGCAAGGACCAAUUUUUAAAACAUGUUCCUGUGUAUGGCUCAAUAGUUAGUGAUGUUUUGUCCUUUAUUUUCAAUAUUCGAUGAACAUUUUGGUGUUGAAAAUUUAGGUGAUAGGCGCUUGUACAUGACUGUGUUGUAAUAAAGUGAGGUUUUCUUGAUAUAUAUUUAUUAAAAUCAUCAAAAUUCA